GUUCCAUGAUGAACUGUUCUAAACCUCCUCCACCAUCCCUUAAUUGUGAUUAAGUUUAAUUUUUGAGGAGGUAAGAGUUCAAGAACGAUUGUAAGAACAAAGUAAAUGAUGCUCUGUUGCACAUAAACAACAAAUCAAAUGAACACAAUGAGCACAUUACUUACAUGACAUCACAUACUCUCUUUCUCUCUCAUCUAUAUAUAUAUAUAUAUAUAUAUAUAAGCUGAUACAAUAGACAAGACAGAUUGUUAUAUGGGUGUCCUUUAACAUAUGGUGGAAGUGUCUUCGUGCAGAGAAAUUAGUGUUGAGGACCACCAUCUAUGUGAUCUAAGAUUCCCAACCAAAGGGAAUUACAUGGACAUCUCUCUGAUUGAUUGUUGGAGGCACAACAUGACAACCUCUCAUGCAUUUGGAGGCAAGAUCAUGUCCAUAACAUCUGGCUUUGAUUUCAGCUGUGGCCUAUUUGCUGAGAACAGGAAUGCUUUUUGUUGGGGGUGAUGAAACUAUGAGUGGGUUUUUGAGCUUAAUUCCUAGACAUGCAAGGUUUCAGAUGAUUUCAGCUAGUGGGUUUUUGUUCCUGGCCCUUAUUGUUUUUAAUUUACAGGAUGUUUCAUCAUUUCUUGAAUUGCAUUUUUUUUUUCUUGGAAUGUUUUGAAUUUCUUGAAAUUUGAAAAUAUUUGUUUCAUCAUUUCUUGUUUUUAUUGUCUAAAACUAGGAGUGUCUUCCAUAACAGCAUGUCUAAAAGUUCAAUGAUGUAUAUUCCAGAUGGAACCGCCAGACUUGCUCCAUCUUCGAAUAAGCUAGACAUGGAACAUUUUGGAGAUGUUGGUUCCUUGGAUGAUAAUGUGGAAUCGUUCCUGUCACAUGAUGAUGGAGAUGCAAGGGACAUAUUUGGUACAUUAAAAAGAAGUCCAACAGAGCACAAUACAGAGUCUUCAAAGGGUUUUUCCUUCAGCGAACUUGGAUGUAUUCGUACAAGCAAUAACAAAGUUGUCUGCUUCCAUUUCUCUUCAGAUGGAAAAUUGCUGGCUAGUGCUGGGCAUGAGAAGAAGGUAAUGCAGGGUAGCUAUUUAAUAUCAACAUUCUGUUGUUGGAAUUGUGGACAAGAAAAACUCCAUUGUUUGACUUACUGGCUUGUUAGAGAUGCACUUGGAGCACUCAGGCGCACCGUGAUAUGGCUACUAGGAAAAACCUUAUCAUUUUUCCUGUUAUCUUGUGUCACUAUUAUGCUCUUUAUAUCUUUAAAAAAAAAAAAAAAAGCUCUUUAACUGAUUUAAUGCAUGCCUUUAUUUUAGUACAUUUUCCCAAUUUAUGCUACUAUGAACUGAUACAAUUUACAGGUUUAUGAGGAUCACCAUUUGAUACUACUUGUACACCUUUUCUGCAUGUAUGAUGCUGAUAUAUGUAUCCACGUCUGAUCUAUGAACAUGUUAUAAGGUCUUCUAAAUGGUCUACCUUUCCAGGACCAUUGAUCUGGUGAGCUGCUGUGUGGAUGGGCUAUAAGUGGUCUACUCCACUCCAAAAACCAUGCUUUCCAUCAGAAGCAAGGGGUCCAGCUGCCUUGUUGGGCCUUAGUUAAUGCUAUAACCCAUUUAGUAUCUAGGCUAGCAAUCAGUGUUGUGGAAGUGUUCUUUCAUUGUAAAUAUGAUUAAGGUUAAGUUACUAGUCUUUUGGGUUCAUUUCAGCUUAGCCUGACAUAGGCCAACUCCAUAGCAGAUACUUUUAGGAAGGCCUCUCUAAACCAGCCAUUUGCAUUGGAAAUCCAAAACCUCUUAAGACGUUGUCUUAAUGUAACCUUAUAGCCUAUUUUGGAAUGGAAAUGCCAGGAGGAAGUUCUAACCAUAGUGACUUUUUGUUUAGGAUCCAAUGUCUGUCCAAGACCAUUUAGCAAGUGGGUUUCUUGAAAUAUAAAUUGAUGAAAUGUCAUACCCAUGAAAAUGACAUUUUUUUUUUUUUUUUGGUUUUUUUUUGUAAAUUUCUUGAAAAUGUCAUUUCCAUUUCUCUCAUUUCCUGAAAAAUGCCCCCUUUUAGUUUCCUUGGCUAGACUGGCAACAAAUUUUCCAUGAAUAUAGAUUUGUAAAUGAAGAAAUUUUUUUCAAGAAAAUCUUGCUGAAAGACAAUCAUGGGAAACAGAUUUUCAUUUCUUACUGUUUUCUAGAUAUGGAGUUUCCCAAAAAACUCCAUUUUCUUCAAAAAAUAAAAAAUAAAAAAUAAAAAAAUUCCACAAAUCCAAACAGUCCUUAAAGUAGGCUUGAAGAGAUUGCUUUAUUCAUUGAUAGCCAGUCAAAUCAGAUUAAAGAGUUUGAAGCAGAGAGAGAGAGAAGCUGAUAUGAUUGCAAGAAGAUAAGAAGACUGAGCUGAAGUGGAGGUAUUUGGAAGAAGAAGUGGAACUAGAGAAGGAAUUUGAUGCUAAGCUGACCCAACUGAUGGACAAGUGACUAUUGUAAAUAGGUGCAAUCUUUGUCUUUUUUCUAUCAAAAUUUGAUUGUUGUUUCAGCUUUUUCUUAACCGUCUGUUUGCAAACCAUCAGUUAAGAAAACAGUUGGUUAGGAAAAAGAUGCAAGAACAGUCCAUGGUUUGGUGAGUAAGGCUUUUGAUCUAAGCCAGCUACAGAUGUGGUAGCUGCAAACAGAUCGUUAAGAAAAUGCUGCAACAAUAUUAAAUCUCCCAUUUAUUAAAGAAAGAUCGAGUAAUCUUUCUUUCUUUUUUUUUUUU